UUUGAAAAUGAAAAUUUGAACAAUCCGAAGUUUUUCCCCAAAGAACUAUGAGAAAACUUGACGUUAACGCGGUAAAUAUUCUGAGCUUUGGAGACGCCUUUGGAUUCAACCGCCACGACGGGUUCUUCGUUUCGAUUUACACUCGUUUGCUUCGUUUGAGAAAGAAAUGAUGUUUGGGAGACAUUGUUGGCAACAUGAGAGUUUGGAAAAGUGUCGCCAGAGUGUUUUGUCAAGUUGACUGGCCAUGCUUUGUGAAGCACUCUCCUAAGAAAAUUCAUACCAAAACAUUACCAUGUCACUUAUUAUGACAAUUUUUAUAAUUAGAAAUUGAUUCUUAUAAUAUUAUUUUAUGUUCAUGUACCUGUCUGCCAUCAGAUGAUUGAGUACUGGUUGGAGAAGAUGUAGAUGCCUUAGUGUGUCUCUGAAAAGCACGUGUUACACGUAAGUGUCAAUGGGUUAAUUUCAUUUCACCGAUUAGAGGAUUGAGCCCUCUUUAAAGACUUUCGACAACAUUUCUACCAAAGGUAUUGAUAAAGUUGGUUGAUGAAGUAAUACAUUAUCUUAAAACACAAGGAAUGAGUGGGACAAGUAAUCCUAUCAGUUUCGACAAGCAAUUCCGCUGCCAUAUUUUCGGAUGGGCACUCGGGGCAACGCUUAUACCACACAUAUUUAAGAAGGUGAAUGAUAAAGUCAAGGAAGACUACACACAGGUUGUGGAAACCCAUGGAAUAGAUGUUCAGGGCCCACAAUCUCCCCUCAAGAGGUGGCCUGCUGAUUUCCAUUGGAAGUUUGAUUAUAAAAACAUCAACGGAAAUAGAGAGGCCAGCCGUGAUGGCAAAUCCGAUCAUUCUCUCCUUAAUUACAAUGUUUCUAACCAUGUGGACUUUGCCAGGCUGUAUGUUGGGCAGCAUGCAGCAGAGGACAUUACCUUCAACGGAGAUAGUGAUCCAAGGCCCCUGUUGUGUGUGAUUGCACAUGGUCCUUUCUUCUCUGCCGCUGCACGCAGAGCAGCUAGAUACCUUAUGGAUGCACGGGAUGAUUGGGCGCACUUUCUUUACAGUAAAUGGAAUUUGGAAAAGUUUAAUAGAUGUUUCAAAGAGUUGGAACAACUGGUUGUGGAAAUGGACCUGUGUUCUGAAGUUCAAAAGAAGCUUGUUGGUCAAAUAGAUAUGUGGCAAACAAUAGGAACACGUCUCCAGUUUGAUUUUGUUAACCCUGCAGAUCUACAAACGAUUCGCGAGGAUAUUAAGUCACUUCAACAUGGGCUGCAAAAGUUUACUACUGAACAGGAAAACAGAAGUACAACCUCGGAGAGACGCCUGGAUGAUUUAGAAGCAUAUCAACAGAAGGUACAGGAUGGUAUUCGCCGUCUAGAAGGAAAAAUUGAUGCCAUGGCUAGAACGAACGAAUCAGAUAAAAGACCAUGGCAGGAAAGUCAAACAGUGGAGAGUACGUUUUCCACAAUUUGUAGCCAUAAACGGCGAAGGACUGAGGUCACUAAACCAGGCAAGGUAGACCAUCCGAGAACCCAUCUAAAAGAACCACAACCUGUAGAUGAGUUUCAUCGUGAAGUAUACGACUGCUGAUCUGGUUCCAUUCGCAAGACUUCCGGUAGUCCAAUUAGCUGGUUAUAACCUUGGGGAUGAUGAUGCUCAAGCAAUCGCCAAAGUUCUGAAACAGAAUAGACUGCUGAAAAUUUUGGACUUGUCUGAUAACUGCAUUGGCGACUUAGGUGCUGUUGCUCUAGCAGCGAGUUUAAAGGGGAAAACAUUUUUGGAAAAGGUGGAUCUGUCCAGAAAUAAGAUAUAUGAACCUGGGAUAGUCGCUCUUAGGCAGGCUUUUCAAGAUAUUAAAGGCCUUAACAAUAAAUCGAUCAGUUUGGAGUAUAAUUACUUUGUCUGAAAUGGUGAUAAUGCGCUGCCCGAGAAUGUUAAAGGACACUCAUCACAGAAAGGGUAGUGAUCAAUGACACAUAGAUUUUCAACCAUUAACAUGACAAAUUGUAAUUCGUCCAAUUAUAAUCGAUCUAGACGUGUGCAUGGAAAUUUCCAUAGAUCUUCCAUGUUAAAAGACAGUUGAAAUCUAGCACGAAUUAUCAUUAAGUGCGUUUUAGACUUAUUUAGGUGUUAAGAAAAAGGAAUGGAAAUAUUAUAUUACUUUAAAACAUUCGAUGCAAAAAAAUUGCAAUAAGCAGGGUAAUUAUUAUCUAUUCCUUUUGGCGGUUUCAUCUAAGUACAGUUUCUUUCACCUUUUUUUGUUGUGGUUGUGAAUUUGACAUGGAAGCAGAUGUGCGGUUUCUACGAUGAUUAGAACUUGUAGUAUAUUUCGCGGUAAGCUAUGUUUUUUUUUUAAAUUAUGUCAAUCUGCUUGUUUAGGAAGAGAGUAUGUCUCUCUGAUAAGAAUUAACCUCGUACAGGAAUUCAUGGAAAUUCCUGCUUCUCAUACUUUUGAUCAUUCUCAGACUCGUUUUUGGAACAAAUUCUAUGUCAAAUUCACAAUCAAGGAAUACUUAUAAAAUCUCAAUUGAACACCUUCAAACACCUCUUUCUUUAAGGUGACCCUAAGUGUAAACAGCUUCCGCCUUUUCAUUUUCCGCACUGCAUUUUGAAUUAGAUAAUCUACGUAAGACCACGUAACAUCUCUGGGGGCGAUACUCGUGAACGCCCCUUCUUCUCUCAAUUUUCUGUCUAUUUUGUAAUGUAACAAUCUUUUAAUGCAAUUUUCUCUUAAGAUAUCUUUUGAAGUAUAAUUCUAAUUCUGUCAAUAGAUUGAUUAUGAUUUUUGUAUCAUCAAUCUUGCUUCUGUUCUGGCCGAUCUCAACCAUAAAAGUGGGAAAUUUAAGGCAGAAAAUGAUUUUGUUACUGCGUAAACAACUCGGAAGCGCAUCCUUAGUAUGCAGGCACUGUCGCACGCAACUUAACGUGAUUCGCUGGUUGAGAUAGGACGAUGACGACGUACGAAGAUUGACAGCUUAGUAGUGUCACCUUUGGCGUCACCUUUAAAACCUGGUGCAAAUCAUUGCUAGUCAGAACAGAAUAAAGCUGAAUUGUAUUGAUUUGAGUUAAAAAAAAAAUAAUAAAAGACCUGAGCUACUCCCAGGAAAAAGGAAA